AAGUUAGAUAUCCUGCAGGUGAUCUGGAUAACGAAAUAAAGAAAUAUGAAUUUGCUGGUUUCAAUAUAAAUAAUCGUUCAAUCAAAGUAAAUCCUAAUGAGAAAAUAAUAUGUGAAUAUUAUUAUAUACCAGGAACAAAUUUUUUGGAUCU